UAUGUGAAGCUUUGGGAUCAUUUGGGGUGGUGUGUGGUGGCUUCAGGGCGGCAUGGGGCAACACGGGGCUGCGUGGGGGGAACGAGGUAGCUUGUAGCUGGUGUGUCCAUCCCCCAGGGGAGGAGCGGAGACGUUAGUAGCUGUCGGGAGGCUCCGUCCCUCCCAGGCUGGCUCUCUGAUGUCGAGCACACUCAGAGACCCUGCGCACAUCCUUCAAGGACACACACCUUUGGGGAUCAUUUCUGACCAGAACGGGGGUGCCUUUUACGACUGGAAGCACUCUGGACUCGUGGCCUGCUUCUUCCCUGUCGGGGGGCGGACAGCAGCUGGGCCCUCGAAGCAGGCCAGGAGGGCAGUGCUCCUGCACCCCCGAGCUUCGCGGCCUGCAGCUCGAGGACCAGGCUUCCCGGGGCUCUCUGGGGAGUCGAACGUGGCAUUUCCAGUGGCUCUCAGCAGCCCCCAGGACAGUCCCACGCAGCUUCUCAGCUCCUCCAUCUCCUCAGGGCUGCCCCCUCGGACACUUGACGUCUAUCAGUUCAGCACAGACUUGGGUGAAAAUAAUUUCUUUCUCUUUCUUUGCUCGUCUGAGUCAACCUCACGAGGACGUCCCAGAACUUUUCACUUGCAAAUUAAUCCAGCCAGAAACAAAACAGAGCAAAACCCCACACAGCUUGAAAGGCAAUACUUGCCGCCCAUUAAAACGUGGUUGCAAGUAACGCCCCGCCCUGCUAAUCUCCAAAGUGAGAUAAGCCUUGGACCGAAGACACUGCAGCCUCUGCUCUUCUCCGCCUCUCCCGGGACCCGAAGCCUGGGGACGGUCGCAACGGGCCGUCCUGUUUACGUGGAUUUACACACUACUAAACUACUAAAACCCUUGGGACUUGAUCUGUCCACCCAGCGCCCCAGGGAGGUCGGAGACGCAAAAGGACCAAGUUCAGCAAGACCCAGUACCAGGUGCUCAUCGAGGCCUUCGAGAGGGACUCAUACCCUGAUAUCACUGCCAGAGAAGAACUGGCUCGACGAACCCAGAUCCCUGAGCCCAGAAUCCAGGUCUGGUUUCAGAACCGGAGAGCCCGAAUCCCCAAGAGCAACCAGAGGAGGCCAGGCGUGGAGGCAGGUGCCCAGGCGCCGGGGUCCGGUCAGCACGGCAGGGGCGCCCCCCACUGCGCCUGCCAGCCAAGCUUUGUGGGGGCCCCGAGCACCACUGGCCACUUCUUGGCGUCGGAGGGCACUUCUGGUCAGGCCAUCCCAUCGGGGCACGCUGCUGUCGUGGACGAGAACGUGGCCUUGCAUGACGUGGAGACUCCAGGCAGCGCACUGGGCGAGCCUUCCGGAGAUUUCUAUCUCUCUCCCUUGGGCUUCAGCCCCGAAGCCCUGUGUCCGCUUCCUGCUUCCCUGCAGCCCCUCUCCCAGCCGGAAGAAACCGGAGCUCAGUGGGGGGACCUGGGACAGCUCCUGCCCUACGGGGACUGUGCCCUGCAGGGCUGGGAACAGCCUCCCGCCUCCAGUGAGCCGCAGCCGCAGACGUGGUGGGGCUGGCAGCCUUCGCCCUCACUGGAGCGAGACGUGUUGCCCCCACAGCCCCAGCCCCCGGGGCCCUGGGAGCAGCCAGCAUGGCCCCUGCCUCCCACGGAGCCCUGGCCCCAGCCGUCACUGGAGCAGGUGCCCAUGGGCGUCGGGAGCAGUUUCCCCACCCCCCUGGGACACGGGAUGCUUGAGGGAGGCCCCGGGGCCCCCACACACCCCGGCCCCCAAUCCCGCAGCUGUGGGGCCAUGCUGGGAGCUGCUGCUACAGCGAAACGUUGAAAUGACUUCAGCUCCAAUGGUAGGAGAUAGUGAGUGAGCAGCGGUUCCCCUGCACGCUUAAUACUACGCGAAAUUAAAAGGGAAUGAAGGUUUGCGUCCUUUGCGAGGAGAGGUGUCCCGGACAUACCUCUCAGGAGUGGGGUCUGUCAUAAAGUGCAGAGGGACAGGCAAGCAGAGGAUCCAGGGGGAUGUUCUCAGAUGGGAGGAAAGGGAGUUUUUUGUUUUUACCACCCAUGCGACCUGCCUUCAAGUCAUUGGUAAACUCAGAGCACUUACAAUGUCCUGUAGACUCAGAGAGGGCAUGGGGACAGGGCGGGGCUGCCUUGUACAAGGGUCAAUAAAGAACGAGGAGCACCUCGUCCCUCUUCGCAUGCACAGCGUCUGCUUCCUUCCACCUGGCCUUGGCCUUCACAAGGGUCCCACACUCAUUCCUCCCCCACCGCUCCCCCAUCCCCAUGUCCAGCCAAGUGUGGCUUCCUCCUGGACACUGGACGUGUCCCUGGUGCUGGGCAAACAAAUUUCUUGAAAACGAGCCCUAUGGGUCUAAUGCAAAGUGCGGCAUAAAGUGGCUGGAUCUCA